AUGGGAAAUUGCAUACGGAAAGAGUCGUCCGAGCACUGGGGCGGCGAUGACUGGGGAUCCUUCGGCUCCGGCGAGACCUCGAAUACUAUAAUCGGGGCUUCGCCGGCGAGAACGGAGGUGAAGAUCAGGAUCUCCAAGAAGCAGCUGAAACACCUUCUGGGGAAAGGGGAUUCGGAGGAGGAUAUUAUGGCCCGAUUGAUUCAAAUUGGAGGGGAUUGGCCGGCGGCGGAUCGCCGGACGUGGACGCCGGCGCUGGGUAGCAUACCUGAAUCGCCUUAA